AUGACCAGCGAGCCCCCCAAGAGCUUCGCCCAGCACAAUGUCGACGCAGCCAGCGACACAGACCGCGUCGAGCCGUGCCAGCUGGCACAUGUGACGUGGUACAGGGAGCCUCACCUUCGCAGGCUCUACCUUCUCAGCAUCUUCCUGCUCAUCGGCUCGGCCACGACGGGCUUCGACUGCAUGCUGCAGAACACGUCGCAGCAGAUGGACGCGUGGAAGGCCUUUUUCCCAGACCACGCCGACGUCAACAAGCUCGGCAUCCUCAUCAACAUGUACAACAUUGGCUCCAUCACGGCCUUCUUCAUUGCCCCCUACAUGGCCGACAUUUGGGGCCGCAAGCCGACCAUCAUGGUUGGCUGUGUCAUCAUGAUUGCCGGGGCGUGCGUCACUGCCUUUAGCAGUGGCUACGGGAUGUACAUCGGCGGACGCUUCGUCCUCGGCUUUGGCAACUCGCUGUCUCAUGCCUGCUCGCCAAUGCUUCUCACCGAGAUAUGCCACCCCCAGCACCGUGGCCGCAUGACCACAGUUUACAACUGCUUAUGGAAUCUGGGGUCUCUGUUCGUCUCCUUGGCUGGCUGGGCCACCGCCUCGAUCGCCAACGACUGGUCCUGGCGCUCCAUCACCUUUCUCCAGGCAGCCACCUCCAUCAUCCAGCUCGUCGGCGUCUGGUGGGUGCCAGAGUCGCCCCGGUUCCUCGUCAGCAGGGGCAAGCCGGGCCAGGCCCUGGCCAUGCUGGCCGAGCACCACGGGGGCGGCGACCCGGACAACGCCACCGUCGCGUUCGAAUAUCGUAAGAUUAAGGAGACCAUCGAGGCCGAGCGCAAGGCCAACAAUUCGACCAGCUACCUCGACUUCUUCAAGACAAAGGGGAACCGCUGGCGCUUGACCAUUGUCGUUUCCAUCGGCAUCAUCUCUCAGUACAGCGGCAACGCGCUCUUCUCCAACUACAUUGACAUUGUCUACGAGGGAGCUGGGAUCCAGGCCCAGCACAAGAAGCUUGCCUUGUCGGCCGGCAAGACCAUCCUGGACCUGCUCAUCUCGGUCGCGGCAGCCCUUUCCGUCGACAAGGUCGGGCGUCGCCCUCUGUUCCUGACAUCCUCCGCGGGCAUGGUUGCAGCUUUUGCCUGUUGGACCAUUCCCAACGGCGGCAUCCGGUACACAAACGGCUCGGCCGGCUACGCCCAGAUUGUCUUUGUCUGGAUCUUCGGUAUCUUCUACGAUAUUGGCUUCGCGGGCCUGCUCAUCGCCUAUACGCUCGAGAUCCUGCCCUACCACCUGCGCGCCAGGGGGUUCGUUAUCCUGAACAUUGUGGUGCAGGCCGUCUUGGCCAUUGGCAACCAAACCAACAAGCUGGCGUGGAACAACCUGCCCCGACACUGGAACUUUAUGCUCUUCUACACGCUCUGGAACCUCUGCGAGUUCGUUUUUGUCUAUUUCGUCUAUGUCGAGACCAAGGGCCCGACGCUGGAGGAGAUUGCACGCAUCUUUGACGGGCAAGAUGAGGUCCCGUCCAUUCGUCUGGACAAGGUAGACAACGAGGCGCGUGUGCACGAUCAGGGCUACGUAUCGGAGACCAGAGCCGCUUGA